AUGGGGAAUGUCGCCAGCCGCCUCGACGAUGCGGGGAACCUGUUCUUCAAGGAUCAGAAUCGCUGUAGUCUCGAUCGCAUCGGUCACGAUAAGCACCCCCGGCGUCGACUUUUGACGCUGACCCCUAACGCGUUCCCUGCGGUGAGAUUCGCCGCAAAGCGCGAUGUCGGCGACGACACUCCCAUCGAAUAUAUUCAGGACCCGGACACCCCCUCCUCCGCUUCGAUCCCGACUUUUAUGCUGCGCCUGUCGAACGACGAGGAGUUAAUCUUCAACUUCACCUUUAUCAUCCGUCAGACACAAGUCGGAUCCGGCGCAAGUUCUACCGUCAAUGGAGUCGCAACCUCCAUGCCCGAGGUGGCGGAUACCAACCUCACGGGGCUGACCUUCGCUCAUGCGUCCAACUCCAAGGAGCUGGAUAAUUUGAUCACGAGGGAGUUCCAUGCGAACCCAAACCUCCAAAAUAACUCUAAUGUUCAGUUGAUCGGAGACUACUCGACCGGCGGGACCCCCUCCGUGACCUUCGACUGGUCCUGGGCCUGGAAGCCCCCUAAAGCGAUGGAAGACAAGGGUGGCGGCUGGCGCAACAGCUGCAGUUUUCUGGACUACGAUCAACGAACAAACCGUCUCAACACUCUCGCCCACUUCUCUUUCUGGGUGCAUAACUCCCCGCGCCUGCUCCCGAGUCCCAGUCCUCAGCUCAGCUCCCCAAAGCUGGAACUACCCGUCCUCCCGCGCUCUCGCAUACCAUCCACCCAGUCCGUUUUGUCGCACUAUAGCGACGCAGAAUCAACCUAUAACACCGAUCCCACGUCCCCUGAGCCGACCGAGAAGGCGCUCCCUCCUCCACCGACCGCACCCCCUCCCCCGCCACCGGCCAAGGUGGAUCUCCCGCAUUCACGGGCAGGCGACGAGAUGAGUGGAGUUGAAGAUGGGCCCCUGUUCCGGGCGACCAUGAAAGCUCUCGAAUCGAAGACGACCAAUAUGCGCGCGAAGAUCAAGAAGGUGCUCAAAAAGGCCGAAAGUGCCCAGCAAGCGCAGGCUAGUUGCAACGAAGCUGUGGAGGCGUUCCUCGGUUCGUUGAACGAUGCGUCCACCUCCAACGCAAAUGCCAUUCAACCCGCUUUGGACCACUACUUUGAGAGAAUCGCUCGGCAGAUUUUGAAAUAUGAGCAGCUCAACACUCUCCAACUUCAAAAGCUUGUCAUCGAACCCCUGAUCAAGCUUUAUCAUAAUGAUAUAAAGCAAGCAGAUGCCAAAAAGAAAGAGUGGGACGAAGAGAGUCGUGACUACUAUGCAUAUGUUAGCCGAUAUUUGGGUCAGCGCCAAGAUUCGCUGAAAGAGAAGAAGCGCGCAGAGAGCGAUUCCAAGUAUCAGGUGAAACGACGAAACUUCGAGCUUCGGCGGUUCGACUACUCCUCUUUCAUGCAAGAUCUCCACGGAGGUCGCAAAGAGCAGGAAGUUCUCUCUCACCUCACCAAGUACGCGGACUUCCAAGCCAAGAAUUUCCUAGCAACUGCCAAGAAUGUCGAAGACAUGACCCCUCAGUUGGAUGCCCUCAUUCACGAGGUAAACCAGGCCGACAAGGAAUUCCAAUUCCAACGCACUGAGCGUGAAGAGAAACGCCGGGCUUUGGAAAACGGCAGCAACCCGUACCUUGAACCUGACGCGGUGGCGGGUGCUGCAGUUGCGUCUGUCGUGUCACCUGGACCGUCCAAUGGGGGCACCUCAGAGGUCGAGCUUGGCCGUGCUGAUAGCACAGGGUCUCAGCUCCGAGGUGUGAUCAGCAAUUCCUCUUCGGUUUCGUCCCAGGCAAAUGCAGGCUCUGUCGCAUCCGCUGCAGGGACAUGUGCGCCUGCAUCUAACCCGGCGGCAGCAGGAACUCCGAAUCAGAAUCGGUUCAAGGGAAUCAGAGAUUUGGAGGAACAGAACAGCUUCGCGUCUGAUCGUACUGGCGGCCAGCAAAGGAAAGAAGGUCUUUUAUUUUGGAUCGUCUUGGAUCAAGGAAAGUUGUCUGAAUACAGCAACUGGAAGCAGAAAUUAGACCUGCACAUGGACCCAAUCGACUUGCGUAUGGCUUCCGUGCGUGAAGCUCGCAAUGCUGAACGUCGAUUCUGCUUUGAGGUGAUCACACCUCAAUUCAAGCGAAUCUAUCAAGCUACAUCCGAAGAUGACAUGUCCAAUUGGAUCAGGUCCAUCAACAACGCACUUCAAAGUGCGGUAGAGGGCCAGGGAACGCCACCACCUUCUUCGUCCAAGAACGAUACCACCAGUCGAGACAUUGGUUCCGCUCUAACCGGAAAGAGCUCGUCUGUGUCCGGACAUCAUGGUUAUUCCAACUCUAGCUCCAGCAAUAGCGCUGGCGUGAUCCGUCGAACAACGGUUGGUGCACGCCCCAGCUACGUCCGGCACGACAGCAACAAUUUCGAAGAAAAUCCUGCCAAACUCCUCCAGGUCAUACGUGAUUCGGACCAGGGCAAUAAUUGGUGUGCGGAUUGCGGGUCAUCAUCCAAGGUUGAAUGGGUGUCCAUCAACCUCGGAAUUGUGCUUUGCAUUGAAUGCAGUGGUAUUCACCGUUCUCUGGGCACGCACAUCUCCAAGAUUCGCUCACUUACCUUGGAUGUCCAUUCAUUCUCCAAUGACAUUGUCGAGAUCCUCCUGCAGAUCGGUAACCGCGUCAGCAACAUGAUCUGGGAGGCCACCUUGGACCAAGCCCUCAAGCCAAAUGCCGCUUCCACCCGCGAGCAGCGUCUGAAGUUCAUCACGGCCAAGUACGUCGAUAGAGCUUAUAUCGAGGGUCUUCCAUCUCCACGCUCCAGCUUUGCAACACCCGACGAAACCCUUUUGGCUUCCAUCAAAAAGAACGACAUCACAGGUGUCUUGUACGGUCUGGCUCUCCGCGCCAACAUCAACAUCACCGAUCGGUCCCGCAACACCCACGCCACUUUCCUAGCCCUCGCUGCCGCAGAUCCCGCCUCCCCGGGCUCGGUUUCGACAUCUACCACCUCUCUCUCCCGGGCAUCCGCCAAAACAAUACCUUUCCCCGUCGCCGAACUCCUCGUCCAAAACGGCGCAGAAAUCCCUCCCCAGCCCCCUUCUAUCCCCCUCUCACCCGCCGCCCAACUCUACCUCAGCCAACGCACUGCUCGCACUUCUGCCUUCAGUGUCCCACCCCCGCCUUUGGGCGGCAAAUCCUCCGCCAACGAUACCCUGGGCUCCCUCCCCACCAUCCGCAGCAAGGAACCGGCGCACACCCCCACUCUUGCGGAAAGCAGAGACAAAGACCGAGAAAAACUGUCGAAACGGGGAAGUGCCGGGGCUCGGUUUGCCGGGAAGGUUGCUUCCCUUGGCAUCGAUCGCUGA